GGUAACCACAAACACACUGUUCUCUAUUCGGCUCUAUUCGAAGGAGGAACGUGACGAGGGUCGUUGUCCUUUUAUGUUUGUAAACGUAAUUUUUAAGUGGAAGGUUUUCUUUUUAUUUGGAUGACGUAAGGAAGGAAUAAGGGAUAACAAAAGAAAGAAGGCACUGUCGCAAAACACCACCAACGACAAACUCACAAACAAACAACAGACCCGAGUUCAGUCAAAGUUUGUUUCAAGAAUUUUGAAAGUUUUCCAAAAUAGAAAUGGAUAUUGAUGAUGAGGUAGUCACUGACCGCCUGGAGAGGGCGCGGAUACAGAUGCGCCGCGACUAUGAGGCUCACAGACGCGUGAGGAUUUUCAAUGAAAAAUGGAGGACUAUCGGGAUUGACAAGCAAGCCCUGGACAUGCAGGUGAGAGACAGGCUGAAACAAGAAGAGGCCGAUAAAGACGAAGGGGAUGUAUAUGAUGGCCAUAUGAUCCAUAACAGCAGAGUAGCGUACAUGAACCAAAUCAGAGAAAAGGAAAAGCAGCGCGUCUGUCAAAAGGCCAUUGACAACUUCCGUCAUGAGAACCAGCAGUUUUGCGACCGGCUGGAGUUUGACCUGAAUGACCCAGACCGCUUAAGAAAAACAAAAUUGGAACAUGGACAUGUGUCCCUGUCUGGUCUUUUGGGCGAGGACCUGAAUUACUACGACAGACUGCAGAGGCAGAAGGAUCAGUUUAAAUCGUGGCUCAUCCAGCAGCAAAAUGAUAAGGCAUCAGUGAGGCACGAGCAACAGCUGGAAGACGAUCAAUACGACCAAUUCGUGUUGAAGAUGGACAACACGGCCCUGCAGAUUCAGAGACUUGAGAAGCAGAGGAGAAAAGCAGAAGCCAUUUCCACCAAUGAGCACAAUUUGGUCAAGACUGAAGAAGACAAGCACCGACGGGCGCUGGAGUCUGCUGAGGCGGAAAACCAACUGCAAAGACAGUGUGCAACAACAAGUGUGGGAGUUCCAGGUCUCUGGCCCAGCACUGACAAGAGACCCCCUCCAGAGAGCCGGCAAAAGAUCAUGCAGUUCCAGAAAUAUCAAAUGGAGGAGAGAAAAAGGGCCGAAUUAGAGAAGAAGAAAGAGGAGGAGCGACACGCUCGCUUUCUCCUGAACUCAGCUCAUAAAACGCUGCUACUUCAGAGGGAGCAGGCAAAAGUGAACGGGCAGCUGAGACGACACCUGGAUAGCGCCAAUGUCGAACUGGCACAAAUACAGGAGGCAGCGGGCAUGAAAAGAGGACACAUCUAUGACGACUUCUUCUCCCAGUUCAACAGAUGCAGCAGAUGAUGGAUGACAAAUUCAAUCAUAUUAAGAUAUCAUGAGACAGCUGAUGAGAGCCAACAUGGCAAACCUAAGAUCAACUGAAGGAAAAAAAAACUGCAAUCAGCCAUGAACGAAUACUGUGCAAAAGUCUUGGGCCACUGUUAGAUGUGUUGUUUUAGUAAAAUCAGCUCUCAUUCACCUUAUUGGAACACAUGCAGAAAAUAUGGGAAACGUAUGCAUUUUUAAAAUAUUAUUUUCAGAAGAAAGGAGAUAGGUUACAGUGUCAAGUAUUUAGUAUGAUCAACCCUGUAUUAAUGUUAUUGUUUGUUCUACUACUGGUCCAUCACACCAGGUUUAUUCAAGACAUGCUUCCAAAUAUGAGACCAAAUUUCAGUUUCAACAAGUCAAAUUUAAGACAUUUUUAAAAAAAAACUUUUAAGACCAUUGUGAACGCAAUGUAAGACCUGUUUUAUGUCCACAGUGGCAGCAUAUCAAGGAACAUCAGAGUCCCAGAAUCACUUGCAAAGUAAAUUAUAUUUAUCAAUUAAUGUUGCAUCACGUUUUAUGUUGGGUGUGCGUCCAUAAAUUCUAACCAGGCUACAAUAAACGUUGGUAGCUAUUGGUUCCAAGAUAAAUCGAAAAAUGAAAUAUGAGUAACCAAACUUUAAGACUUUAUGACCCUGCGUAUGCCCUGAAAAACAGCAAAGCUGGUGGUGCCCCACGACUUUUGCACAGUACUGUAUGUAAGUAUAUACACAUGAAUUCUGGUAACAGUAACUUGAAUUAAAUAUUUCAUGUAGGACUGUAAAAAUAUUUUAUUUGCUUAUCCAUCUAUACAUUGGCACAUACACUUAAAAUUAAUCAAAAUGUCACACUAUGAUUUCCCUGUGUAUGUAUAGCACACAUUAGAUAGUUUUCUACCGUUUCUUGAUCAUUUUCAUUUUACAUACAGCUCCCACACAGUUGGUGUAGUGGUUAGCACUCAUGCCUUUGCAGCAAGAAGGAAGGAACAAGGGCGUGUGUGCGUGGGUUUUCUCUGGGUUCUCCGGUUUCCUACCACAGUCCAAAAACAUGCAAUAUGGGGAUUAGGUGAAUUGGUCACUCUAAAUCGACUGUAGGUGUGAGAGUGAAAGUCAACGAUGGUCUGUUUCCCCGCCUAUCGCCCUAUGUCAGCUGAGAUUGGCACAGCGCCCACCUGCGACCCUCCUACGGAGGAUAAAGCGGUGGAAAAUGGAUGGAUACAUAUGAAGCUCUUGAGCAUAUACCUACUGCAAAUGACGAAGACUAAAAACACAGUAUGUUCAAGUUAAAAAAGUUGAAGCUUUAAAGCCCAACUCAACCAGCAAGCUUAUACACGCUCUUAAAGCACAACCAAACACAUUGUAAAAUUGUGCAACUAAUACGAUGGCAUAUUAGGGCCAGGUAUAAAAAAAAAUAAAAUUACAUACCGGUGGGGUAACAUUUCGAGAAAAAAAGUAGCUUAUUUAUGAGAAUAAAAGUAACAAAUCUACAAGAUAAAAGUCGCAGAUUUAUGAGAUUGAAAGUGGCAAAUCUACAAGGAAAUAAAGUCGCAGAUUUAUGAAGAAAAAAAAAGUUUUGUUUUUGUCAAGCAACCUGAACACACCACAGACACCGCCCGGUAAGCAGGGAAUGCCACACGGACACGUUAGUGUGGGUAGGCUAAUCACAGCCUCUCUACUGCAGCAAGCAUGUUGCACAUUCUCAGCACCACCUAUACAACAGUUCACUGGGAACCCACUAAUUACUACAAUCUCCUUUUUAUUGCUGGUUCACAGGUGGCCUGCUUGGUUGCUCUUUCAUGGAAGUGCAAUCUGACGCUGUCUAUGGUGCUGAAAAUGCCCACUGUGACUUUAUUUUCUUGUAGAUUUGCCACUUUUAAUCUCUUAAAAUCUCGCCUCUACUUUUUUUCUGGAAAUAUUACCCCCCUCCCCUGAGUACGUUUUUUUUUUGUUCAUAAUUGGCCCUAAUACACAGUUGUAAAAUACACUCAAACCACACAAAAAAUCCCUAAAUUAUAUGGGACAUGGCUCAGGCUUGUUUCACAAAUGACAAAUGAUCCUCAAUUCUAUCCUUCAACCUCUGUGCUUUUGCUCCUGUAACAUGUUGAAAAGUCAACUUCAAACGUGCUCACCUGAGCAGAUUAUCAUUUAUAAAUCCCCUACGCUGAAAUUGCAGUUGAACAUGAAGUCAUUUGAGGAAUUGAGGAGUUUAGGAAAAGCAAAUUCUAAAAGGCAUUUUCAGAGACAAACUUAUUCCAUCUUAUCUGCCACAUGGCCAAGACUUUUUCCUGCUGCUUUGGAGUCAGAGAGCUGUACCUGAAAUACAGACAGAGAAAGGGGUCAACAGAGAAACACAGUUUUCACACAUUCAUACAAUCUCACUAGUGUAUUAAUUACAAUAUUACAGGUAAUAUUAGUGCCUGCUGAGAACAAUCCCCUACAAAUCAUACAUCUAAACAUGUGGUUUGGCCAGAAAUAGUGAGAGCUAUGGUUUUUCAAAGACUUUUGACAAACAAUGACGAAGAAAACAGAGAAAAAUUGGUAAAUUAAAUUCCCAUGAGAGGUAAAUGAAAUGCACAGAUUAUAGGAAGAUACAAUUUAUAUCACAUCAAAAUAUUGUGCAAUAGUUUACAGGCAUCUUUUCAAAACAAAUCAAAUCUGGUGAGUUACAACUAUUUAGAAAAUGGAGGACAGGACACUGACUAACUUGGGUGAUCUCAAGCUUCACACUACAUAAAAAUCUGGGCUCCAAAUUUGGCAAUUGGCAAAUUACUGUUGCCCUAUAUAUUUGUUCAUGAUAUAUUUAAACAUCCUUCCACGAGGGGUAGUCCGUUUGUCGAGUGGCACCAUUUGAUCCUCACCUAAUAGAGUUUAUGGCCAGCUGUUUGAGGGAACCUAAGUUGGAUCUAAGCCCACCAAAGCCAACAAAAGCCUCAUAGAAGUCAUAAGAGAGGCCUGAGGCCCCGAACAUGGCCGGGUCAUCAGAGCUGAUGACGAGUGGGUGGUUCUCUGACAUCAGAGCAGCUGCUGGAUGAUUUCGCAUAUCGUUUACCAACAUCAUCACCUGGAUGAGGAGGUAAAAGGUAAAAAAAUUAAAAUGUACAAAACACAAACUCAACAUCCUGGACAAUGUACAUAAUACACAGUGCAUUUACAGUUUACCUGGUUGGAGAUGGGGCAAACUUCAAUGGCCACCCCUCUUUUCUGGGAUAGCUCUUUGGCUACUGGAUGGCGAGUUAGAGCAAAACCAUGGCCAAUUCGUGAAGUGUUAAACAAAAGAGCAUCUAACAGGUUCUGGUCAACUUCUGUGCCUUCGCGAUCUGUGUAUAGUAGAGGGAAAAAUGUUUUUAUUUUUUUAUUUUAUAAAAUAGACAUUCAUGUUUCUGAAAUCUACCUUGUUGACUUUCUUCUUGGUAAAGGUUUUUCUGUAGUUUGCAGGAGAACAAAAAGGAACUGAAUUCUCUAACAGCUAUAAUGUUGUUACAAAUGUACUUAUUUUUAUGACAUUGUCAGUGUGAAACUACAUGAAUUUCUUUCAUAGGUCUAAUUCUAAAACAAAAGAAAAUUGUAAUAUUAAGAGUUCAGAUAUCCAGCACUGAUGGGCUCACCCGUUUCUCCAGCAUGGAAGAAGAAAGGUAGUGUGACCCCUCUCUCUACUGGUAUCGACAAGGCGUCUCUGAAGUACCACAGGGGUUUUCCUCUGUCCUCGCGGCCUACCUGUACUUGCCAGGAGAGAGUGGACACAUUUUGGUUUCGCUUCAUUUUAAGCAUCUGUGGUAUAUUUUUCACAAAAUACAUUGUUCCUGAAAUUAAAAUCGGCACAAACUCAA